AGGGAUGAGAGAAAAAUGAGAGAAUUGGGGGGCUGAGUUAGGGGGUGGAAUGCUGGAAGAGGAAGGGGUUUGGGACCUGGGUUUCUCUGAAAAGCGGAGAGUCAAUGAAGUCUUUUACCAACCUUGGUGAACACAGUAAAAACCUAAAGCAAGACCAGAGAUAGAAGAAGCAGGUUCCCUGCAGGGUUAAAAUCUUUGUAAAGAAAGUGCGUCCCACCGCUUCUGGGCAUCGCCCGCAGAAAUACCUCUGAAACGAGCCUCAUCCUCUCCCUACUCAAUCCCUUUCGUUUUCUUUCUUUCUUUCUUUCUUUUCUUUUUUCUUUUUUUUUUUUUAAAUCAAUCUUGUCUGGUUAGAGACGGCUCAAACAAGGUCGGCUUGGAAGGGAUGCAAUUGAAAGGGGGAUGGAGAUUCGAUUAGUUCACUAACCUCCCUCAUUUCCUGGGCUGUAAGAGGGAAUGGAGUCAGAAGCAGGGAUGUUUGAGGCUGAACAGAGCAAGGGGAAUGGACAAUCAAGGUUUAAUUGAACUAUUUGUCCUUUGUAUUUGCAGCAAGAGUCACGCCCAAGGGACCGAGGAGUCAUGGCUCUGGGUGAAUUUGGUCUCCUCACCUGGCUUCGGGAAAGCCGGCAGUCAAAGAAAUUAAUCCUUUUUAUCGUAUGCCUUGCUCUCCUCCUGGACAAUAUGCUUCUUACAGUUGUGGUGCCCAUCAUUCCCAGUUAUUUAUAUUCCAUUAAGCAUGAAAAAAAUGCCACAGAAAUACAAACUGCCAAACCAGAAACUGGGUCUCCUACCUUCAGCAGCAUCUUCUCCUAUUAUGACAAUUCCACAAUGGUCACUGGAAAUGUCAUUAAAGCACCGGAAAAAGAACAGUCAUAUAAGACAGUGACACAGCAAAUGGUAGUCAAUGCCACCAGCAGUCCAUCUGACUGCCCCAAGGAAGAGAAAGACCUGAUCAAUGAAAAUGUUCAAGUUGGCUUAUUAUUUGCUUCCAAAGCGACCAUCCAGCUCCUCACUAACCCUUUCAUAGGGCCAAUGACUAACAGAAUAGGCUACCAGAUUCCAAUGUUUGCAGGAUUCUGUAUCAUGUUUGUGUCCACUGUCAUGUUUGCCUUUUCUAGGAGUUACGCAUUACUCCUCAUAGCAAGAUCCUUGCAAGGAGUGGGUUCUUCUUGUUCUUCUGUAGCUGGGAUGGGUAUGCUGGCCAGCGUUUACACGGAUGAUGAAGAAAGAGGCAAUGCCAUGGGAAUUGCCUUAGGAGGACUUGCUUUGGGAGUGCUAGUGGGACCACCCUUUGGAAGUGUGAUGUAUGAAUUUGUGGGGAAGACUGCUCCUUUCUUGGUUCUGGCUGCCUUAACUCUGCUGGAUGGAGCUAUUCAACUGUUUGUUUUCCAACCAUCCAAGAUUCAACCAGAAAGUCAGAAAGGAACCUCGCUAGUCACUCUGUUGAAGGAUCCCUACAUCUUAAUCGCUGCAGGGUCGAUCUGCUUUGCCAACAUGGCUAUUGCAAUGCUUGAGCCGGCACUACCGAUCUGGAUGAUGGAGACCAUGUGUUCCAGAAAAUGGCAGCUGGGCGUUGCUUUCCUACCAGCUAGUAUCUCUUAUCUUAUUGGAACCAAUAUUUUUGGGAUACUUGCGCACAAAAUGGGAAGGUGGCUUUGUGCUCUCUUGGGGAUGAUCAUUGUUGGAAUCAGCGUUUUGUGUGUACCACUUGCAAGAAACAUUUAUGGACUGAUCGCACCAAAUUUUGGAAUUGGUUUUGCGAUUGGAAUGGUGGAUUCCUCAAUGAUGCCCAUUAUGGGCUAUUUGGUAGACCUGCGCCAUGUCUCCGUCUAUGGGAGUGUGUAUGCCAUUGCAGAUGUUGCUUUUUGCAUGGGGUAUGCAUUGGGCCCUUCUGUUGGUGGGGCCAUCGCAAAAGCGAUUGGAUUCCCGUGGCUCAUGACAAUUAUUGGGAUCAUUGAUAUUAUCUUUGCCCCUCUGUGCUUUUUCCUUCGAAGUCCACCUGCCAAGGAAGAAAAAAUGGCAAUACUCAUGGAUCACAACUGCCCAAUUAAAACAAAAAUGUACACGCAGAACAACAUUCAGGCAUAUCCAACAGUUGAUGUUGAAGAAUCUGAAAGCGACUGA